GUAAGGAUUUAAAUAUAAAUAUUAAUUGCUAAAAGAGGUCUUGUUGAAUAUUUAAUUAAUUAUUUUAAGAAAAUAGUUAAUUAUAAUUAAUUAAUUCUAAAAAAGGAAUGUCUACUAUUUAAUUAAUUAUUUUAAGAAAAUAGUUAAUUAUAAUUAAUUAAUUCUAAAAAAGGAAAGUAUACCUAUUAGUAACCUGCUAUUACAGGUCAAAGAAAAAUAUAACCAUAUGGUUACAAUAAAAAUGUAACCAUUGAAUAGUCACCCAUAUAUAAAUAUAUAUUUAGUGUAUUAUGAUUUUAAAAUAAUUCAUGAACUUUAACAAAAUAACAUUUACCGUGGGCAGAGACUCGUGUUGAUAUAAUGUUAUAAAUUUAUUAUAAAUAAUAUAAAAUAGAUAAGAAGAAAAAAAGAAAAAAGAUAAAAAGAAAAAUAGAUACUGAAUGAGAAUUUCUCAAAACUUUAUUUCAUGACCUACGGGCCAAAGGAUAGUCUCAGGUAGACAGUUUCUAUGAGAGGAAAUUACACUCUAUACCCUUUUUAUAUUGUCCUCUUUUAUUUUUACCCUUUUUUUUAAAAUCUAUCAUUUUUACCUCUUUUUUUAAACAUUGUACCAAUUUUGCCCCUGUCACUUCAAGAUACUCUCCAUGUGACUCUCUUAUGUCAGGGUAUUUUGGGUACAACACAUAUAAAAAGAGGUAUAUUUCAAAUAAAUAUAAACUUAGAGGCAAAUUUGGUUAAUUGAUUAAUAAAAGAGGCAUUUUUCAACUUACCCCUUUCUAUGAGGCGUAGGUCUUCCAAAAGGUAAUGAAGGCGUGCAAAGUUUUCUUCGGGCCAAAGAGAGAUUGGCCCUCGAGUGCAAAGGCAUAAGGGAGCUUGACUGCAAGACCCACCUGCCGAGCAGGGACGAAAGUCGGCCUUAGUAAUCCGACGGUGCUGAGUGGAAAGGUCGUUGCAAUGGGUAUACUUGAUGAUAUGAAUUAUUUGAAAAAUAAAUAUAUUUGUUAUGUAGCUGAUCUUUUACAAAAUCAAUUUGGAAUGAUCCUGGUUCGUUUAGAAAAUAUGAUUAAAGGAACUAUGAGUGGGUCAAUAUCCUCAGAAUUUUCAACUACAUUAACAACUUUUAAUUUUUUUUUUUUUUUUCUGAUUAUACCCAUUUCUUAUUUAUAUAAAUAUGUGAGUUAUAGAUUUGGAAAUUACAAAAAAAAAAAAAUAGUAAUUAUAAUUAAUGGUAAUUUGAUAUCCUUAUAUACAAUAUUUCUUAACAGAUUUAAUUUUAGUGGUUAUAUUUUGAUAAGAGGAGCUAUUUAAUGCUUGCUUAUUGAAAUUUCCCAGAACAUGGUAUGUAUUAUGUUCUCCAUGGUCAGUUGACUUGACCUGAAAGCAAUCAGAGAUACAACACUGCUCUUUCUCUUUUUGGUGAUCGCAUGAAUAAGCCCAGCAGAAUUUUGAUUAGUAAUGGAUAUUGAGGCCAACCGAUAUAGGCCUGUAGUCCCCUUAUUGGGUCUGCUUCUCCUAGCCAACUUCAUACGUGGAGAUGAUACCAUAUCUGCAAAUCAAUCCCUGAGUGGGUUUUCAACCAUUGUUUCUGCAGGUACGAUUUUUGUACUAGGAUUCUUUAAACUAGGUAAGGCUGAAAACUACUAUUUAGGCAUAUGGUACCAAGUAGAUCCUUCGCGGACUGUCGUUUGGGUGGCAAAUAGAGAAAAACCAGUCUCCUUUUAUUCAGAGCUUAAGAUUUCUGAUGGCAAUCUAAUUCUGUACGACAAAGAAGUCCCAAUUUGGUCAACAGAUGUCACCUCUGCUACCUCUCCUGAUGUUCAAGCAGUUCUUAUGGACAGCGGUAAUCUCGUACUAACAGAUGGAUCUAGUUCUUCAGAACCACUGUGGCAAAGUUUUGAUCAUCUUUCUCACACAUGGCUGCCUGGAAGUAAAAUUGGAUACGACAAGAUAACAAAAACAAGUAAACUUCUCACCUCAUGGAAAAGUUCAGAGGAUCCUGCUCCUGGCAUUUACUCCAUUGAGUUAAAUCCCAGAGACAACUCGUUUAUAAUUAGCUGGAACAGGUCAAGGUCAUAUUGGACAAGUGGUUCGUGGAACGGAACAAUUUUUUCCUUGAUCCCUGAGAUGCGUGACUUUGCCGAUUUCAAGUUCCUUUUUGUAGAAAACGAAAACGAAAGUUACAUCACUUAUUCUUUUUCAAGCUCAUCAUAUACAACCCGGUAUGCAUUGGAUGUUUCUGGGCAGCUGCGGCAGCUAAACUGGCUUUCUUCGACUGGUUGGAAUUUAUUUUGGUCUCAACCGAGACAACAAUGUGAAGUUUAUGCUUUCUGUGGGCCAUAUGGCAGCUGCAAUGAGAAUUCCUUGCCUUUUUGUACUUGUUUGAGCGAAUUUAAGCCCACGUCUGAACUUGACUGGGAUUUGGGGGACUAUUCUGGUGGGUGCGCAAGAGUAACCAAACUUGAAUGUGGUAACAAUAGCCUUCCUAAUGGUGAGAAGGACAGAUUUCUAGCGAUGCCCAACAUGUUAUUACCUGAAAAUAAACAGUCUUUGCGUGUCGGUUCUGAUGAAUGUGAAUCACGCUGCCUAAAAAACUGUUCUUGUACAGCUUAUGCUUAUGAAAACAAUGACUGUUCAAUUUGGAAAGGAAAUCUCUUAAAUCUGGAGCAACUAUCGGCGGCAGGUGACAACAUUGGCACUCUUUAUGUUAGGCAAGCAGCUUCUGAGAGAAAAAAAGAGUCUAGCAAAUCUUCAAAGUCUAAGAUACUAUAUGCUGUCCUAGGAACUAUAGCAGCUGCUUUUCUCAUCUCAAGUAUUGCUUUUUCUAUACAUCGUAGAAGAAGAAAACAGACCAAAAGCAAAGGUGAAAGAAUGAAACUUCAAGGAAUUCAGGAAGUUCGGCUAUAUGACACUGAGAAACAAAUUGCCAACUUUAUAAAAUUUGGCAAAUUCAGUGAAGAUUCAAGAGAAGGUAUAGAUGUCCCAUAUGUUGUUUUGGAAAGUAUAGUAAUGGCUACAAAUAACUUUUCAGACUUAAACAAACUUGGACAAGGAGGUUUUGGGCCUGUUUAUAAGGGAAAAUUUCCAGGAGGCCAAGAAAUUGCAAUAAAGAGGCUCUCAAGUGGUUCAGGACAAGGCUUAGAGGAAUUUAAGAAUGAAGUUAUGUUGAUUGCGAAACUCCAGCAUAGAAACCUUGUAAGACUUUUGGGAUAUUGUGUUGAAGGGGAAGAAAAGUUGCUGCUGUAUGAAUAUAUGCCCAACAAAAGUUUAGACUCAUUUAUAUUUGAUCGAACACUAUCCGUACUGCUAAACUGGGAGCUACGCUUUGACAUCAUACUGGGAAUUGCUAGAGGUCUUGUUUACCUCCACCAUGAUUCAAGAUUAAGGAUUAUCCAUAGAGAUUUGAAAACAAGCAAUGUUCUAUUAGAUGAGGAGAUGAACCCUAAAAUUUCAGACUUCGGCUUGGCUAGGAUUUUUGGAGGGAAACAAACUGAAGGAAGCACAACUAGAGUUGUUGGAACAUAGCAUGGAAAAUGUGGAAAGAUAACAAGACAUUGGAUUUAAUGGAUGCAGCAUUAAGUGAGAGUUGCAAUGCAAGUGAAUUCUUGAGGUGUGUGAAUGUGGGGCUGUUAUGUGUACAAGAGGACCCAAGUGAUCGACCCACCAUGCCAAACGUGAUCUUCAUGCUUGGGAAUGUAACAGCAAGUUUACAAAGUCCUAAGCAGCCAGCUUUUGUGGCGAGCAGAUCUCUUCCUACCUCUGCCUCUCCUAGUAAAUCAUCAAUAUCCGUUAACGAAAUAACAAAUACCUUAGAGAAUGGGCGAUAAAUUAGUUAGAAGUAAUUAUUUAUUGAACUAGCCAACUAUACCGCGCUACUAGCUGUUUAGAUUUUUUAUUAUAACACAACUGUUUUGAUUUUUUAUUAUUUUUAUAUAAAAAAAAUUAUAUUUAAUAUACAAAAAGAAAAAAAAAUAUUAGUUUAA